AACUUUUGAAAGUCUUGAACAGUGAAAUAUUUUACCCUAGAAUUAGGGGAUUCGGGGUUGGAGGUAAAGUUAAUGUUAGGCGGAUCACCACCACCGUUAUGGGUAUUUUGAUUUUCCGUUAUACCUCUUGAAGAUUCUUCUCAAGAGGCCUGCUCUUCCAGGUCAGCUUUUGCACAGCAUGUCAGAUUCUUGUUCCCAGCCAUUCCACAAGUAUGGUGUUCUUCUUCUUCAUCUUGUUUACCUAUUGUUCUUGAUAUUAUAAUUAUUAUUAUUCUAGUCGUGCCCUCUACAAGGAAAAUGAUUAGGCAGAGGCUCCUGUGGAAUGAACAGAGCAUAACUUAAUGGGAAGGAUUUGUGCACAGUUGAUUUCAGGAUUUGGGUGUUUGUAGAUUGAUUAUUACAGGGUUUAACAGGCGAUAUUAAAAAGUGGGUCCUUCGAUUUUAAAGGAAAAAUUGGUGUUUUCAGGGCACACAACUCUUACAUACCUAAUUAAGCAUUCAUUAGCUAUCAAGGAUCAGUAUUCAACAUCAAACAGGUGAGGCCUGGUGGUGGGUUUGUUGGAUUCUGGCAAAGCAAGUGGUGGGUUCAUUGAUUUGUAGUGGAGGCUUCAUUGAUUUGUGGGAAGAUUUUUGGUGGGUGCAUGGUCUUUUGACUGAUUUAGGUUGUUGUUACCAUUGGAUCUGUGUGGUUCUUGUGUUUGGAAGGCCUGAUGGCUUAUCAACCCAUACAGGGAAUAAGGGGACCUAGAUCAGUUUCAGUUACAGGUUCGCAGUUUGGAGACACCACACUUACCAAAGUUUUUGUUGGAGGUUUGGCAUGGGAGACUCAAAGUGAUACCAUGCGCAGGUACUUUGAGCAGUUUGGAGAGAUUUUAGAGGCUGUGGUUAUAACUGAUAAGAACACAGGCCGGUCCAAAGGCUAUGGAUUUGUGACAUUCCAUGAGCCUGAAGCUGCACGGAGAGCAUGUGCUGAUCCAGCUCCUAUUAUAGAUGGCAGGAGAGCUAAUUGCAACUUGGCUUCACUUGGCAGGCCUCGCCCUUCUCCACCUUAUGGGCGAAUGCGCCCUGGAAGUCCCUACCUGGGAGCUCCUCAGGGUGGGCAGCCAUAUGUUGGAAGCCCAACUUAUCCCCAAUCUCUUCCAUUCUACCAGCAAAGCAUUCCAUACCCUCCUUAUGGAUAUACAACAAUUCCAUCGGAGUACAUGUACCCACAGAAUGUAUACAAUCCAUAUCUAGGGGCACAAUACCCACAGUUAUAUGGAUCGCAUGGGACCAUAAAUCCAGCAGUAUAUCCUUAUGUACACAUCGGCCAACCUUUCCAGACUGGACCUAGCUAUCCUGCUAUACAAGGUUAUGGAUUACCAGGGCCUCACUUUCUACAAUUUGCAUCACCAGGAGCUAGUCCUGUGACCACCCUUUCACAACCAUAUGGAGCAGCUGUGCCAGCAAUUCAGGGACCAUUUCCUUCGGCAGUGGCUUCACCUGUUCCACUGCAUCAACGGUUCAUCGUAGCACCACAGUCUCAGCAGCAGUUCACACAGGGUGGCAGUGGAUCAGACCAACUUUCAGGUUGAGGACGUUCAGAAUGAGGAACAACUUUGCAUUAUCAGACAUCAUCUAGAUCUCAGCAGGACUAAGAGCGGCAGUACUGCUACCUGAGUGGCAGGCUUCACAUCUUGGCUUGCAAGUUUCUGUUUGUCGUUCUAGAGGUCAUGGACAGAGACGAGAAGUUGCUUCCAAAGUGUUUGGCCUCGAUCAGAUUUAAUUCAUUCUGAAAAGUCAAGGAAUUAAAGAUAGGAUCGUCUCACUCUGGCCCCUGGAAACCUGUGUCUGUGUGUGUGCCCCGUAAAUGUGGUUGGGUUAUAGGAGGAAGUGUUACAUCUUAGAAUGCUAGAAGGGUUUCAGCGAUAGGAAAAUCUCAUGUUGUAAUUCUGAUCAGUUUAGUAGUAGGAUUCUAAUGCUUAAAUUCUGGUCAGGUUUAGAAAAGGCAAAUUGUUGACUCAUGCCUUCGUGGAGAAAACCAACUGGGCUACAAUAGAAAAAUGAAAUAAAACUAGAAGCCUAAAUAUAGAAUGUUGUGCAUCUGUCUACCUCAAUUUAGACUCAUUCUUCAUUACUCACAUUUGAGUUAGCUGUACAGUGCUAGUUCAUUAACUUUGUAUUCACUAAUAUGAUAAAGACUUAUUUAUGAA